AUGGAGAAACGCAAAGGCGCGGGACUGCUGAGCUUGCCCUACCCACUCCGCACCGUGCCCCUCGGAAUGCCCGGGCCCCUGUCGCGCCUGCAGCUGCGAGACCCCUGGCGGGUCUACCCCUGGCGCCUGGACGCGGCCGGCUGGGAGCGGCCCCCGGCCCCCGGCGCUCCGAGGCGGCCCUACCUGCCGCUGCCGCUGGACGGCGCGUUCGAGCCCGCCUUCCUCCGCAAGCGCAACGAGCGCGAGCGGCAGCGGGUGCGCUGCGUCAACGAGGGCUACGCGCGCCUCCGCGAGCACCUGCCCCGGGAGCUGGCCGGCCGGCGGCUCAGCAAGGUGGAGACGCUCCGCGCCGCCAUCGGCUAUAUCAAGCAGCUCCAGGAGCUGCUGGAACGCCACGCGCGGGGCCCGGAGGCGGCCGACAGCGCCGGCCCGUCAGCCCGGGCCGAGUGCAACAGCGACGGCGAGUCCAAGACCUCAUCAGCGCCUUCGCCCUGCUGCAGCGAGGCUGAAGAAGGGGGUGUCUAG